GCCUUCGGUGUCUGAACAGACACGCGCUCUCGCAGUGUUGCAAAAAAGUGCAGCCCGCGUCCGCCGCAUCAUUCCUUGAGUCACGGGCGCACGGACCAGCAGCAGCGGCGCGCGAUAUAACCGGUGCACACUGCACAAAGAGUGGGGUCGCAUCUAGGAAGAAAGCACCACACAGGCCGACGGACCGCACCAUGUUCUCCAAGUCCCUCAUCCUCGCCCUCUCGCUCGCCGGCGCGACGGCAUACACAAAAAAGGACCGCGAGGACGCCAUCAAGUGGAUCACGGAAGAAAAGGGGUUCCCGCACCUCGCGGCCUUCGACAAGAUGACGCCGAAGAUGCUCAAGACCGUCAUGACGAACUACCUCAAUCUCGUGUCGCCGGAUGCGUUGGAGUUUUUGACGCCCCUCGACUUGGAGGUCAUCUGGACGGCGACGAGCGCCGCGAACAACUGCGAGAUCUGCCUGUCGUUCCACGCCGGAGCCCUGCUCGGCGCCGAGAAGCCGGCCGACGAGGUCGCGACCAUGGCCGCCGGCGGCGUGCCCAAGGACCCGAAGAUGGCGCGCCUCGUCAUCGCCGCGAAGUACGUGCUCGCGCACAAGGGCAUCCUCUUGGAGCGCGAGAAAUUGCACCUCUCUUCCAUGGGCUUCUCGGCCGAGGAGCUCGUCGAAGUCACCUUCGCCGUCGGCCAGAUGACUGGCUUGAACUUAUUGUACGUCCACCUCAUCGCCGAAGGUGUGAAUAUAGAGACCUUCCUCAAGGGCGCGGGCCCGUUCAAGGACACGGUCUACGCGGACGAGCUCAAGAAGGCCGAGCUCUGAGCACCACCAUUCCUUUUUCUGUGUGUUGCUGCUAUCAUCGCCACCUCCCUCCCCCAAGUUCUAAACAUGACCACAAUA